AUGCUAAGUAAACCAGCAAAAUAUGGCAUAAAAAUAUUUAUUUUGGCAGAUGCUAAAGCUUUCUAUGUGUCACAUAUGGAGGUCUACUUGGGGAAACAACCAGAAGGCCCUUCUAUAGUAGAUAAUUCAGGAGUAGCAGUGGCAAAACGGUUGGUGUCUCAUAUAAAUGGGUCUGGAAGAAAUGUAACAAUAGAAAAUUGGCUUACAAGUUACGGACUUGGAGUUGAUCUCUUGAAAAAUUAUAGAUUAACAUUAGUUGGCACUCUGAUAAAGAACAGGGUAGAACUUCCUCCUCAGUUUGUUGCCACAAGAAGCAGAACUGAAUACACAAGCCUGUUUGGUUUCCAGAAGGAUGUUACACUGACCUUAUAUGUUCCCAAGAAAGGUAAAAAUGUUGUCCUACUGAGCACAAUGCAUCAUGAUGGUGCAAUUGAUGAAAGUUCAAAAGAAAAAAAAGAAAACCAGAGAUUAUUGCCUUCUACAACAGUACUAAAGGAGGGGUAG